AUGGAGAAUCUGAUAUGUCAUCUCCAGGGCAUGAAUGGUGACCUGCUAACCGGUAUCAUGGCUCGUGUCGAUGGUUCAGACCUGGCCUCAGUUGCUUGUACCUGCUCUGAGCUCCGAGACAUUGCUCGGGACCAAAGCUUGUGGGAAACGUUAUGUCAUUCCAGGUGGCCUUCUACUGCUCUUGAAGAAACAGAACGUCUGAUUUCAGGUUCUGUUCAGGGUUGCUUCGACAAAUUCUACUCGGACGCCUGCCCACUUCUCUUAUAUGAUGAAGUUGCCAAUGCUGAUUCUUGUAAACUGCCGGAAGGCCAGAAAAUAACAUCAUACACUUCCCCUUCUGACCUACUGUCACUAGUUGAUGUUUGUUACAAGAAAAAAUGUGUCCUCUCGAGGAUUUUGGAUGGCAUACCUGAGGCUGUGGAUAUAUUCGAGCUGGGACUCGUUGACAGCAGCUGGGAAAUGAUCGCUGAUGAGCAGCAGAAAUGGUUUCUAAAUUAUCCAUUUAAACUGGAGUUAAUGGACCUUAAAGAUGAUGACAAUGAUGAAGCAUUAGCUUCUCCUCUAUCAUCACUCAAUGAGGCUGGAAAAUCAAGAGAAGAUCAUUGCAAGAAGCUGAUAGAGAAUCUCAGGUUGAGUUGGAUAUUGGUGGACAAGAAGACAGGCAAAUCUGUAAAUCUCUCAAGCUGGAAGCCAUUAUCAGUCCAGAAGGUUUGGCCAUAUCAUGCAACUUAUACGAUGCAAUUUGGCUGCGUUAUACCUGUGGAAGAAAGUUUGCUGCCUCAGAAGCUGGCCAGGUGCAUGGUAACGACUAGAUUCAAGAUGACAGAAAGAGAAGAGUGCCUGCAAUGGAGGGAAAUAAGCAUGAGAAUUGAGAACAUUGAAGGUGCCCAUGUCAAUGGAUGGAGUAGUCUGAUGAUUCUGAAUAAGGCCCUUUACAGCCAGCGCAGUACAAAUCAGUUUAAAGUGGAAGCGGGAUUCAGGAAGUUUGAUAAACAGAAGAAAGAAAUGAGCAGGAGAAGGGAGUCCAAGGAAGCAUUGGCUGACAGACUUUUUACAAUGGAAAAGGGUUUUCCAAAAGUAUUGGGAAAGAUGAGAGAAUUGAUCCAAAGGAGGGAUUUCAGGGAAACAUGGGUUGAGCCUUAUGGAUUCUGUACAUUCAUUCAGAACACAAUACUUCAGUAA